UAUAAAGAUUUAUAUCUUGAUGAAUCAGAUAAUAUUAUUUUGAUCAUUCCAGUAAUUUAUUCUGAUAGUGAUAUAUCCAAUAGACAUAUUUUACCAAAUCAAUCAGAUCAAUCUAUUAUAUUUAAUCAGUUUAAACAACUUAGUCAAAUUAGAAAAGUUUCAAAAUCUAAAACAUCAACUAAAAAGUUCCUUCAGGAUCGUAUAUAUUAUGGCAAAAGCUAUGGAUUAUUGCAAACUGCAUUAACAUUAGCAAUGGAAACAGAAACUAGUGCUGAGUUAGAUCAAUUAUGUUAUCAAUUUAUUAAUCAAAAAAAAGAACUGCAAAAAGCAAAUUCUAAAACAAGUGACAAUUAUAACAAUCAAGAAAACACUAUUCAAAUUACCAAUCCAAUAGUUAUAACACCCAGAGGUUGCCCAAGUAAAAGACAAAAAAGUAUUCUGGAAUUGAAUGAUAAACAACCUUUAAGUACAAUUAAUGAAAGUUUAAAUCAAUCAAAUCAUGAACAAUUAAAUAUUGAAGAAAAUCCUAAACAAAAUUACACCU